UCAAAAAACUUUACAUGGCACCUACAACAAUUACACUCUUUGAACAUGAUAAAUCUGUACAUGAAAAUCUUGGAGGAGGAAAAGUGGCAGAUAUAUUAUUAUGGAGGAACAGAAAGGAAUCUGCUGCACUUUUUCUUUGGAUGACAGUGAUAUGGUUUCUAUUCGAGAUCCUCGAGUACAAUUUAGUAACAAUCAUUUCUCGUUUUUUCAUCGCCGUCAUGCUUGUGCUAUACAUAUGGUUCCUAGUUGCAAAUAUAUUUGAAUGGAAAAAUCCUCAUGUACCGGAAAUCAUUUUACAAGAGUCUUUCUUCAAUGAUCUUGCUUUCAUCAUCUACCGAAGAUUCAACUCGAUAUUACCAACACUUUUCUUGCUUACGUGUAUACCGGAUCUACCAUACUUUUUUAUGAUCAUUGUUUUCCUGCUCUAUGUAGUCUCGGUGAUUGGAAGUUACUUCAGCUUUAUUAAUCUUCUAUACAUUGGCUAUAUCUGCAUGCAAACAUUGGCACUUAUGUUUGAACGGUACGGCGAAGAAAUUAACAAUCUGUUUGGAGAUAUCAUGCUGGUAAUCAAGAAAAUGUAUAGGAAGUUUGACGAAAAUUAUCUCAGAAAAAUUCUUAGAGGACCAUUGAAGGAAAAAAAAGGUGAAUGAUUUACUAGUUUGAAGAAAACUAGUAACUGAUAUGACAGAUAUAUAGUGAAGGGCAUCAACAAAAAAACACAAAGACUAAUAUGAGAAGUUUGAUAAAGACUUACAAUAUAAGCACUUAUCAUACAAGUGCUUAUGUAUGAAUUAUUUUUAACAAAAAUAAAAUGAAAUAUCUUUUCUACAAAUUAUUUUCAUAUAGUGAACAAAUCAAACUGAACUCAAGUUCUUGAGCUCAUUCAGUUGCAGCCUACUUAUUCAUAGCAAAAACUGAAACUGAACUCUAUCAACUUUGUUUUCUGAAACACAUACAUUAAACACAAACCUGAGUUUAAUUGAAAUCUUAAUCACGGUCCGAAAAUGAAGAAUAAUCUGCAAACACCUUAUUUUUCCGUCCAUAACAAGACCACCGCCACCCUCGCCUCAGCGUUUGAUGACAGAUUCUAUAAGAUGGUUUGAUGAAACAACAUAGUGGACAACACACACAUAGCAAGCAACAACUACAAAGGAACUCAAUCAAUUUUUCCUUUCUUUUGUUUGGACCUUGAAUUUGAGAUGAAUUUACCAUCUUAUAUGUAUUUGUUGAAGAUGAAAAAUACUUGCAAUACUAAUAACGACUUAUAGGAUUGGUAUGAUGCAGUAUUAAAAUGUUUCUUUUUCUCCUAUAUUGCAUCAUUCUUUAGUUUUGGGCAUUUAGCUAUCUAGGAAUUUUGUAGUUGCAAUUGCAAAGGGUGCUUUUCACAUUCUAGAUUCGGAAAUAUGGUAAAGAGAAUGUUUGCUAUUGGUGACACUAGAGGCAAGUGCAAUAGAACUUGCCUAAAGUUAUUCUUCCAAUAUUAAUGUAUCCAAUGUUUUGCAUUUUUCUUUCUAAAAGUCGGGACCAUAACUUUGAAGGAUAUUAUU